CUUCUUCUCACUAUCCACUCCACUCUCACCCCAUAAAGUUUAUGGCAUAAACUAGUUCACAUAAAAUAAAAAUAAAUAAAAAGUUAGUUCUUCAUGUGCAUUGCUCAGAUGAUUCUUCUAAAGUUCACAGACGAUGUUCCCUUUUGUAUUCUUAGCACGGUUUGCAUCAUGUUAAUUAGAACGAUAAAAAGAGCUUUCUUGGGGUUAUUCAUCCUCAUUCUUGCGUCUGUUAGUGUUGUGGUUGCCGCCAUUGCAGGAGCCACGGAAGGUCACACCACAGAUAUUGGAUUUAUUCGAGGCGGUUUGCUAGGAGUUGUAGCUGGAGUUAUCACCGCGGUCCAACUCUUUGGACUAAUGCUACAUGGUGAUCAGUCUUUGUCCAAGGUUAAUGCUUUAAUGAGGAGAAUAAUGAAUGGGAAAGCCAUCAUGGGAUUGGUUAGACCAGCUGUGCUCAAAGCAUAUCAAUGGCAAAUAAUAGGACUGGACACAAGUUAUUUGGAGAUAUCAGACAUGUACCACUAUGACCAAGAACCAAAAGUGUUAUCGGUGAACUCUAUCAAGGACAUCCCCACGUUUUACUUCAGUUGUUCAGGUGAUCAUCAAACAACUUCGAGUUGUUCGAUUUGCUUACAGGAUUGGGAAGAAGGACAAGUGGGAAGAAAGCUAGAGAGAUGUGGCCACACGUUUCAUAUGAAAUGCAUAGAUGAGUGGUUCCUUAGGCAAGUCAGUUGCCCCAUUUGUAGAGACCAUCUUGCAUAACAUUUUUACAUAAUUAAAUAUGUAUUUUCCUAAGCAAUUCCAUGUAAAAAUAUGCUAAAACAUUUCUCACAUCAUUCCACUUGGACCUUAGUCAAGACAAUUUACAUGAUAAUCUAGUAA